UCAGGCCGAACUAAGAUAUCAGAAAUCCUCGGCCUCGAUUACGAUACUAGCACCGACAUAGGUUCCGUUCCUGAAAGGGAAUGGCGUCUCCUAGCCGCUCUCGCUAAAAAGAGGAAAGAUGAAGAUGAUAGAGAGAGACUGGCUGAUCAGUUCCGUAAGAUGUGGCUACAGGAGAAAGAGGGACGGGAGAUGAUGGAAGCCCAAACCUCCCUGCAGUACAAGCGUUUCAUCAACCGCAAGCGCGAAGACGAGCGGCUCUACCACGAGCACCGCCGGAUGCUAAAGAACCUGGAACAGCAUAUGCAGAAGGACAAGCUGAUGAACACCAUCCGAUGGAAGGAGAGGAAGGCUGAGGAGCUGUUGGCUUCGAGGGAAGAUAGAAAGGCAUCAGAUCUAGUCAACAAAGUUCUAGAAGAAGAAGCUCGCGCCUGUCUAGCCGCAGAAAGAAGGUCACGCCAAGAGUCAGCAGAAGAAUGGAGAAAACUCAUAGAAGUUAAGGAGACUAAGAGAAGAGCUGAUCAUGCGGACAAGAAGAGGAACGAGAUGCUUCGAAACUCUUCUAGGCGUAUAGCGAUAGCCAGCGCCCUAAACACCUGGGAGACCUCUCUCCUCCGCGAAGAGCUGGCCUUGUCUGACGCCGCCCGACGCGCGCAAUACGCCGCGCUGGCGACGCUGGCGUCCGCUCGAGGCGAGCGCGUGACGCGUGCGAGGGACUUGAAGAGGCGGCGUGCGAGAGCUGUGGCGGCCAGGUGCGAGCUGUGGCGGGACGCGGUUAGGAGGGGGAGUUACUAAUUACCGUUUUUGUAA